CGCGUCCCCUCGCCUUUUCCCCGCUCGCCCCGCCGUGCGGCCGUGCCUGCGUCGUCCUCCUCCUUUCUCUUCCCCCCCUCCCCCCCACCGCUCCCCCGGCCGGUCUCCGGCUCCGGGGCAGGGUGCGGGGGCGCCGCGCCGCAGCGAGCCUGGGGGAGCGACUCCUCCGCACUGCGAAGGGAGCGCAGCUCUGCUCUCCUUCCCCUCUCCUCUCCGGCAUGAUGGCGUCCCUCUGGCAGACCGGGGGAGACCCUGCGCCGCUUCCCCGCCGGCCGCUCCCGGCUCGAAGUUUGUGGGUUCUUGGCCAGAGAGGUUUAAAAUAAUGACAAGGUCACGUACAUCAAGGAGAGAUGUCAGCGCUGCCUUCCUGGAACGGGAGAACUGAAAAGGAGAAAGGACUAGUAUUAUUUGGUACUUGCUGCUUUUGACUACUGACACAAUCUACUGUGCUCUGGUUGUGGUGGAAGAACAAGACAAGUCUCUCCUGCUUGGUUCUGUGGUAUUGCCACCGUAGGGUCAUCAUGAACGUGACAAGCUUAUUCUCCUUCACCAGCCCUGCAGUGAAGAGGCUGUUGGGGUGGAAGCAGGGGGAUGAAGAGGAAAAAUGGGCAGAGAAAGCUGUUGAUGCAUUAGUGAAAAAACUGAAGAAGAAAAAAGGUGCUAUGGAGGAGCUGGAAAAAGCAUUAAGCUGUCCUGGUCAGCCCAGCAACUGUGUCACAAUUCCUCGCUCCUUGGACGGCAGGCUUCAGGUUUCGCACCGGAAGGGACUACCACAUGUAAUUUACUGUAGAGUAUGGCGCUGGCCGGACCUGCAGAGCCAUCAUGAACUUAAACCACUGGAAUGCUGCGAGUUUCCCUUUGGUUCAAAGCAGAAAGAGGUUUGCAUCAAUCCCUACCACUACAAGCGGGUGGAGAGUCCUGUUCUUCCUCCGGUGUUGGUUCCAAGGCACAGCGAGUACAACCCUCAGCACAGCCUCUUGGCCCAGUUCCGCAACCUGGGACAAAAUGAGCCUCACAUGCCGCACAACGCUACUUUCCCGGACUCUUUUCAACAACCCAAUAGUCACCCGUUCCCCCACUCGCCCAACAGCAGCUAUCCAAACUCACCUGGAAGCAGCAGUAGCACCUACCCACAUUCUCCAGCCAGCUCAGACCCAGGAAGCCCUUUCCAGAUGCCAGCUGAUACUCCCCCUCCUGCUUACCUGCCUCCGGAAGAUCAGAUGACACAUGAUACCUCCCAGCCAAUGGAUACUAACAUGAUGGCACCUGCAAUUCCCCCAGACAUACACAGAGGAGAUGUUCAGGCAGUUGCUUAUGAAGAGCCGAAGCAUUGGUGCUCCAUCGUCUACUAUGAGCUGAACAAUCGUGUUGGGGAGGCAUUCCAUGCGUCUUCCACCAGCAUCCUGGUGGAUGGCUUCACCGAUCCUUCCAACAACAAAAACAGGUUUUGCCUGGGGCUGCUCUCCAACGUCAACCGCAACUCCACCAUUGAGAACACCAGGCGGCACAUUGGCAAAGGUGUUCAUCUCUACUAUGUUGGUGGGGAGGUAUAUGCUGAAUGUCUUAGCGACAGUAGCAUUUUUGUGCAAAGUCGGAACUGCAACUACCAUCAUGGGUUCCAUCCCACCACAGUCUGCAAAAUCCCCAGUGGAUGCAGUUUGAAGAUUUUUAAUAAUCAAGAGUUUGCUCAGCUUUUGGCUCAGUCAGUAAACCAUGGCUUUGAGACAGUGUAUGAGCUUACAAAGAUGUGCACUCUUCGGAUGAGUUUUGUAAAGGGUUGGGGAGCUGAAUAUCAUCGCCAAGAUGUAACGAGCACUCCGUGCUGGAUAGAGAUACAUCUUCAUGGUCCUCUUCAGUGGCUGGAUAAAGUACUUACUCAGAUGGGCUCUCCUCAUAAUCCUAUUUCUUCAGUGUCUUAAAAGGUCCCAAGCUCCUGCAUUUUGGAAGCAAUUGAGCCUUGCAUGUACUUGAAAGAUGUAUGAGUCAGACACACACGUUUUGUAAUUCCUCCGGCCCCCCCAAACUGGCAGUGUUGAACAAGAGCCAUAAGAAUACUUGAGUUCUUUGAACAACUGUUGGAUUCGGAAAAAAGAACAAAACCCUUUCACAUGCUGUCGGUAUCAAGAAUUUUAGUUUACCCUGUUGUGAAGUUGAUUUGCAGGGCUUAGCGCAAUGGAAACGACCAAGCCUAAACCACAGUCUGUCAAACCGAGUUCCCGAAGGAUCUUCCUGUAGCUGGAACUCUGGGAUUCUCUUUCUUUAGUAUGUUUGAUGGUCAGUGUUUUCCCCUGUGUCCUCUGAGGCUAAAAGCUGAAGUUGGUGAAGUUUACUUUUUGCAGGCUUACUGCAGCACAUUUUAAAACCUUUUGUCAAAGCUGAUGUUGCUCUCUAAAAGGGAAAAAAAACCCCAAACUCCCAAGGCGUAAUCUCAGUAACUGUGUAAUAAUCUUUGAAACUGUGUCCUGACCAUAUUGCUCUAAGAAUGUUAGGUAUGGUUUGUUUUUGCUAAAUGUAUGUACGGUGUAUUUGAAAGUUUAGACAUUAAUUAGAUUUAGACAAUAAAGGAAUUAGGAAUAUUUGAAUGGGGGGAGGUGGGAGCGGGAAGGGAAAAUGCCAACUGAAAUGUAGAAUAUAUUGUAAACAUAGCUUGUUAGGUUAAACUGAGAUCUGAGUUUUGCUGUGCAUUUCAUUUUUAUAGUGGCUUCAUCUUGUUAAUUCUGACUAUUUUUGCCUCUUCGUUUUCCCCCAAAAUAAUUGUGCAGCUGAUUAAGUCUUUUUUCUGUGAAGAGGACAAAAUGAUUAAUUUCUGCAGUUUGAAGACUGCAGCUCUAUAUAUUUCAAGACAAAAUUGUACAGAGUGCUCUUUAACUAUUGAGCAGUUUUAUACAGUUUAUGUAACAGAAGUAGGUUUUUAAUUUUGUAAGAGAAUCUUGUUUUGCCAAACCUAGUAACUCUUAGUUGUUUGGAGGACUUAAAAAUCCCUGUGUGGAUCUAGUUCAAACUUUAAAAAUAUAUAUAUUUUUAAUUUGUUUUUUUACUUCUUGGUUUAUUUUCUUCUCUUUGAUCUUUUAUAUUCACAUAAGCUGUAGUACUUUAAGUACCUUUAUUCCAAAACUAGUGGGUCCUCUUUACUGGAAGUUUUGAAUAAAACAUGUUGUUAUUGCUUACAUUUGAUUAAAA